AUGCCUGACAGUGGUGGGUGUUGUCGGGUAGACGAGGGUACCACACAGUCAAUUCAUGACAAGUAUAGCUUUACUGUUUUCAAGAUCCAGCAUGGGAAAGCUGUGAAUUCUCUGGUAAAGCCAAUUCCGUCUCUGUUUUCCUUGAGGCACUUGCUGGUGCUGUCUCUGGCUCUGAAUGUAAGUCUUAUCCUUAGGGCUGUUUAUCAUGAGAGUGGAGAAGACAUCAAGUGGUUUCGCUUCAAGAAGAAACUGAUGGCAGAUGCAGAAUCAUGUUUGGCUAUAUCUUCAACCUCGUCUCCUGUUAAUUCUACUCGUGAAAAAGUUAUCAACUUGGACCAUGUUGUUUGGGCCCGGUUGCUUACGUCGUGCAUCUGUGUUUUGCUUUCUGCUCAAGUUCCUGGGAAGGACAGGGACAAGUCAUAG